UCCCAAGCCCAGAGCUGCUCUGCGCAAGCGCGACCGAACGAGCCGCUCCAAGGAGUCCGCCCGCAAACAAGCAUUCCCCAGGGCAAUGUCACGACCUGGUCUUCCCCAGGAGCCAGUCAGAAACAGUUUGCUAGAUGAUGCUAAGGCCCGCUUAAGAAAGUAUGAUAUUGGAGGCAAAUAUUCUCAUUUGCCAUAUAACAAAUACUCCGUCCUUUUGCCAUUGGUGGCUAAAGAAGGAAAACUCCAUUUGUUGUUCACCGUCCGGUCAGAGAAGCUAAGAAGGGCCCCUGGAGAAGUUUGCUUCCCUGGAGGUAAGCGUGACCCUACAGACAUGGAUGAUGCAGCCACGGCUCUCCGGGAAGCCCAGGAGGAAGUGGGGCUCCAUCCUCAUCAAGUGGAAGUUGUCUGCUGCCUGAUGCCAUGUCUUAUUGAUACAGAUACAAUGAUAACUCCAUUUGUGGGUUUAAUAGACCACAACUUCCAGGCCCAGCCGAAUCCUGCUGAAGUUAAGGAUGUAUUCCUGGUGCCUCUGGCCUAUUUCCUGCAUCCGCAGGUCCAUGACCAGCAUUAUGUCACACGUCUCGGUCACCGUUUUAUUAAUCAUAUCUUUGAGUACACAAACCCUGAAGAUGGUGUCACUUACCAGAUCAAGGGAAUGACAGCAAACCUUGCAGUGUUGGUGGCCUUUAUCAUUUUGGAAAAAAACCCCACCUUUGAGGUUCAAUUUAAUCUUAAUGAUGUAUUAUCAUCCUCUGAAGAGUUAUUCCUGAAGGUUCAUAAAAAAGCUACAAGCAAGUUAUGAUUUACGAGACCAAGAGACAAAGAACUAUCCACCAGGAUUCUGUGUGUGCUUAUUCAUAGAACAACAAUAAUGCCAGCUGUUGGAAUUUGGCAGGUGUGAAUAUUUUUUCUGCAGUAUGUAGUUAGAAUCCUUGCCUCUUUUCCAGUUGCCUUCUAUUGUCUGAAAAAGUAAAAGCCAUUCAAAAAUGAAAAAUAUGUUCAUAGUGUUGAAUAUUUUCGCCCACAAUAUGUUAAUAAUAUUUUUCUGACACAUAUAAGAAAGAAUAUCUGGCACAUAGUAGGCCCUUAAUAAAGAUUUUUUGAAUAUA